GUUUAGAUAAAAAUGAGUAUGGCCGGCGGUGGAAAGUGGCGGAGAGAGGCAGAGCAGUUGGUGGCUAAGCCUUUCAGGCUAGUAACAACAACUCUCCUCAGCCUCCUCCUUCCUCUCUCUUUCCUUCUCCUUAGCCGUCUCUCUUCGGCUUCCUUCCUCUUCUCCUUGCUCAAAUCUCCUCCGCCAACGGAUUCAUAUUUCUUCUUCUCUAUCUUCCAUUACACCAAUCCUGCGAUCUUGUACGCGGUCGUGUCGUUGAUAAGCGUUUACACUCUAGUUCUUGGUCUAACCACCAAGAUCACAGCUACAGAUCCCAACCGUUUGAUUCCUUUAUAUCCACAUACCAGCAUAGCAUGGCUAACGCUUUUCCUUGUUCAAGUCUCCGUCGGUCUAGGCCUCCAAGUAACGAGUCCUGACGGUUUAAUAAACGGAAGCGAACGUAACUUCUUGAGCAGGCUAGUGUUUUUCUUUGGUAUUCACGAGGUAAUGCUCCUGUGGUGUAGGGUGAUCGUUAGACCGGUGGUGGACAGCACGUUGAUCAGAGGAGACGCCGGUCGGAACAGGAGAGAAGAGACGGUGGUGGAGAGAGUGGCUUUGGCAGUCAGCUGUGGGACGUUGUGGUGGUGGAAGCUUCGGGAUGAGGUAGAGGCUUUGGUUGGUGUGGCAGAGGCUAAAAGAGCAUUGUUGUUGCUAUUACCAAUAGAUGGUAACGUCAACGUUGGUUUGGGUGUGGGAACGGUUGAUUUUGUGAACUGGUGGUUAUACUAUAUGAUUGUGACGAUUGGUAUGGUUAGGAUCGUUAAAGGGUGUUUAGGUUUUGGAAUGGUCUUGCUUUUCGAACAAGUUAGUAGAAGAGAUCCACGUGAACUUUCUACUGUUGUUGCUCCUGUUUCUACAACUUCUUCUGUUCAUUGUGAAGAUGAAGGUGACACUAAAGUGUAAGUUGAAUGCUUUUUUUUUUGGUCUUACACCUAAUACAAAGGUUCAAGUUGUUAUUUGUAA